AUGCGUGAGGCAAUCUGCAUCCACAUCGGUCAGGGCGGCGUGCAGAUCGGCAAUGCUUGCUGGGAGCUCUUCUGCCUCGAGCACGGCAUUCAGCCGGACGGUCAGAUGCCCUCCGACAAGACGAUUGGUGGAGGAGACGACGCCUUCAAUACCUUUUUCAGUGAGACGGGGGCCGGCAAGCACGUGCCACGAUGCGUGAUGGUGGAUCUGGAACCUACGGUCGUUGAUGAGGUGCGCACAGGCACAUAUCGUCAGCUCUUCCAUCCGGAGCAACUCAUCUCCGGAAAGGAAGUUGCUCCGCUUUACAUUAGGCUGUCCGUGGAUUAUGGCAAGAAGAGCAAGAUCUCCUUCACCGUGUGGUGCUGCCCUCAGGUGGCAACUGCCGUGGUCGAGCCGUACAACACAGUCUUGUGCGUCCAUUCACUCCUGGAGCACACCGAUGUGACCAUCAUGUACGACAACGAGGCCUUGUAUGAUAUUUGCCGCAGGAACCUGGACAUCGAACGACCCACGUACACCAACCUGAACCGCCUCAUCGCGCAGAUCAUUUCAAGCUUGACCGCAUCGCUGCGCUUCGAUGGCGCCCUGAACGUGGAUAUUACGGAGUUCCAGACCAACCUGGUCCCCUAUCCCCGCAUCCACUUCAUGUUGACGUCCUAUGCCCCGGUCAUCUCGGCCGAGAAGGCUUACCACGAGCAGCUGUCCGUGGCGGAGAUCACCAUGUCUGUUUUCGAACCGGCAUCCAUGAUGGUUAAGUGCGACCCACGCCACGGCAAAUACAUGGCCUGCUGCAUGAUGUACCGUGGCGAUGUUGUUCCGAAGGAUGUGAAUGCAGCAGUGGCCACCAUCAAAACGAAGCGUACCAUCCAGUUUGUGGACUGGUGCCCCACCGGCUUCAAGUGCGGCAUCAACUACCAGCCGCCCACCGUGGUGCCGGGUGGAGAUUUGGCCAAGGUCAUGCGUGCCUGCUGCAUGAUCUCGAACAGCACGGCCAUCGCUGAAGUCUUUUCACGCAUCGAUCACAAGUUUGACCUCAUGUACUCCAAGCGCGCCUUCGUCCACCACUACGUCGGCGAAGGUAUGGAAGAGGGCGAAUUCUCUGAGGCUCGCGAAGACUUGGCGGCUUUGGAGAAGGACUACGAAGAGGUUGGCAUCGAAACAGCAGAGGGCGAGGGAGAGGAAGAAGGUUACGGCGAUGAGUUCUGA